GUCUUCAUCAUCGUGGGUCGUAGCUUUCAUCGAUCUAUCGUUGUCGUAAUAUAGUCGUAACUUUUCUUCUUCUUGGACGAAGAACAGUCAGCCAGAUCGAUAGCAUGGUGAGGUUCUUGAUGUCGUGGUCGUAUCUAAAAUGUUGUUGUAUUGCUAUUGGCGACAAAAGAAAAUGAAAAAUUUUGAUGGUGCUUCGAUUCAAGUUUUCUUUUUCAUUUCUGCAAGGGCUCCUAGCAAUUCCUGGUCCUACUGUGAAACAGAAAUGUGUCCGUCAAGGCAAAUAGGGAAGGAGUUGUAGACCACCGAUAUUGCAUUUUCUGUUUCAUCAGCCGGGGGAUCUAUACUUGGUCUGCAUCUUUUAGGUCGAAGUACUGCACCAAGUGAGAAAAUGUCGUUCUGCAGUUCUUGUCCAUGCUUCGCCAGCAGCGAAGGAGACGACGAGAACACCUCCGCCACGGAUUUAAAGCAAGUUGUCGUCGAUAAGAAAAAAAAGAAGACAACAUCUCAGAACCGCAAAAAGUCGACCGACAGUGCAGGAGAUGCCGACCAGUCGGAAGCCGCGCCGCUAUUGAAGAACGACAGCAAGAAACGGGACAGCAAGGGGACCACGACGUCGUCGACCAAGGGGGAAGGCAAGAAUAAACGGUCCUCCAGACCAUCAAAAGGCAAGGGCAAGGACCAGCCCCCCGAUGAAGAACCAGAGGACAUCAACGACGAGAGCAACGCAGACACGACAAAAAGAGCCUCUCGCACUUCGUCUUCCGCCAAAACAGCUACACGGUCGUCGAAGAACGACCGCAGGAGCAGCAGAAAGAAAUCGCAAGACGAAGCGGAGUAUCAAAUGCAAAAAUGUCUGGGUCUGGAAACUUGUGAUGCUGGGUGGCGUAUCAUGGGGAGGCCACAAGUGCUGGGUCAGCAUGACAAGUUUCUGAGCUUCUAGGUGUUGCCUACCCUGCAUGACAGACUGCGUUUCUGCAUGACAGAUCAAUGGGGCCCUUAGGUAACGUGCAUGACAGAUUUAAGAGCCAUGCCAGACAUGCAUGACAAACAUGCACUCUUCCAGACCCAGACAUAUUUGCAAUCCAUACGGAGUACUAUGGUGCAACAGAAGAACAGGGAGAGCAAAACGGCAGCGCGGGCACUACUUCUGCGAAGUUGACGAAACACGAAGGAUCUUUUUCCGGAAAUGACGAGGAAGGCUGGGACAAGGAGGGGCACGACAAGGAGUACAGUGCGGAGAACAAGAAGGGCGACGAGGAUGACUGGGAGGAAGAAGAUGAUGAAUCCUGGCCGGCCUGGACCCUGCGUUAUCCAAUGUCAAAUCUUAAUCUAAAUCUUUUUCACCACCACGAGUACGGCCCUCAAUUUGUAAGAAUGCAGAUUUUCAAUGCUCUGUCUAUCACCACCUAAGCCUAGUAAGGCUAACAUGUGCGCAUUACAAAUUGAGGGUGGACAUCGAGGAGACCAACAUGGUGGUGAUUUUACACUGCAUAUGCGGCGGCAAGCCACCUUGGCACGGGACAAGAGCCUGAAAAAGAUAAAGCGGCAGGAGACGGCUUUGCAAAACGCGUUCGCGAAAAUUAUGGAGGACUAGUACAACUAGAAGAUAGAGAUACAGGAGUUACGUACUUCUACACAAAAUUAAAAGGUCACAGUAGCGAUCGCUUUUUUACUUCUCGUGUAUAACUAUGAUCGUCACGACUCUGUCUCCUGCGCUUAUCGUACUUGGAGAAACGACGCUGAUAGCGCUGCCUGGGCGGAUGCAGAGCGACACUAAGAUCGCUUCACUGUUUCUUUGGUUUUUCGUAUUUGCAGUAGCAGUAAGUUCUUCAAUAUGUUUGUUUACUUAUUACCGAAUUUGAGUUUGGCAAAACAAAAUUAUCGGCAGCUCCACCUUACUAAACUUAUCUGAACGAAAUGGAAAUUAAUCAUCGGUAGCGUCUUUGCCUUCGGAGGAGGUGCGCCUUGUGAUGGACGUGAUUGAUCACUCACAGCACUCAAAUACAAUAUCAUCUAAAAUUGAUUCUGUUUGACUUAGUUUCUUGUACUAGAGUUCUUGUUUGCGUUGAUAGAUCAUUGGAUGACCAGUGCCUGUGUACAGUUGGUUUUCAUCGCUGGAUGUUUAUACGGAUGAAUAUUGGAAAAAUAUAUACGAAAUAAAAAGCCGCCAUUCCUUGUUGUAAUGUAUGGCAGAAAGAGCCAUGCCCAUCCGUAUUGUUUCGUCGAUUUUGU